ACACAGUCCAGUCGAUCUCCACAUUUACAUCCGCAGUCACAUUUUAAUUCUAGUUUUAACGACUAGCAACAAAAAGGCAAUAGCAAAGACAUAAUUGUGAGUGAUGCUGGGAGAAGGUUUUCUGAGGGUGUUGCUUUACAAGGAGGACAAAAAGGUUACUUCUGAUUCCAUGGGACACAAGUUACAGACAAGCUCGAGUAUUCCUCAGACAGACCUUCAACAGAGAGGUCUUGACCAGGAUGAGACUGACUACAGACUUUCUAAUAAAUUGCGCAAAGUACCUCCAGCUGCCACAGGCCUUUCUAUCCCCAGGUGUUCACCUGCUCAAACCCUCGAAAUGGACCUGACCCUCUGUUCAGGUCCUUGCAGCCUCCUGGAACAUUAUCCUGACCUCCAGGUGGCUGACUCUGGCCCCAUCUCUUAUAAUCCCAAAACCAGCGCCACUCAGCAAGAUCUUUAUGCUCACUCUUGUGCUUUGACUCUGUCAGAGCGUGCAGAACAGCAGCAGUUACUUCACGAGCCUCUCCUAUCACUGCCAGACCAAGGCUAUCUGGUUAUGGGUGAUGGGGUGAACACCAGCUUGGGUCUGCCCACCUCACAGUUAGAGCCCAUGUCAAACUCAUUGCUAAAUGGACUUCUGGAGAAAAAGCUGGAUGAGGUAUAUUUGCAGCACCUGACCGAUAACCUGGCUCGAUGCAACUCCAACCUGGGUAACAGCCUCCUGCAUGGCCUGGUGCCCCCUCUGCAACCUAACAACUUACAGCAGGACCCCGACUCGCUGGAGUCCAGUUUGGAAAAGGGACCUGGAGGAGAGAGAGGCAAGAAGAUAAGUCAACUGACCACCCCAAACUUAGCUCCGUGUUCCUCCAACUUUAGCACUCCCAUCCUUCGUAUUUCUGAGGAUGUUCACCCAGAAUGAAAGCAUUUAAGGUGGUACUUACAUAUGUUACUUACAUUACAAACAUAGUUGAUUUUUAUUCUUUUCAUCCAAUGAAAUUUCAAGGACUCCAAUGUGUUUUGUUUCACUGUAAUGGAUAAUUUGAGAGUUCGCUCACUUUUGGUGACGUGAUUCUUCUUUGACUGCUUGCAUAUGACACCUGCUGGUAGAUUUUUGUACGGCACCACUAUUUCAACAUACCACUGGUGAUAUACCUGAGAUUUGUCAGACAUUUACUACAUUUAUGUAAACUGUGAUUAAGAGUAACUCUCCUUUGA